AUGGCAUCACUCGGCAUUGAAUCGCCACUGGCAGACGUAUCUGUAAAUGUGCGGCCCCGUAGCACGGUCUCGCCUGCGCGCGGCAAGCCUGGAAAAAGCGCGCCGAAGCUGCGCCAAGACAAGGAAGACCGUGUGCCUGUUUUUCCGAGCGAGGCAGAUACGCGUGGGAUCGUUUCUCGCGACUGGGAUGGGCCUGAGCUCACGACGACGCGGCGCCGCAGCGCAGCGACGGUCUCGCGUGGGGACAGGUACAUUCCGAAUCGCGAGCUUGGCCGCAACAGCGCGCCAUCCACACAACCUUUUCUCGAGGACGGCGGCGGCGAUACGCUUGCAAGCACCUACUCCCCUGAGCGCAGAGGGUCUGUGCCAGAUACCAUGCCAGAUCCCGACGCGGCGAUUGCAUUGGAAGACGUGUGCAGUGUCGAGCUUGGUCAGCGAAUCCUCACCUUUUCCGCAGCACCACCAACUUCGAGCGGAACGCGCGAUGCGCGUUCGCGAUAUACGCCCAAAAGCAAGACAUUGCCCAGCAGCCUACUCGCCGCGAACCGACGCCGGAUCCCCAUGUCCGCGGAGCGCGUGUUGGACGCGCCGGCGAUUGUCUCCGACUUUUACUCCAACGUGCUCGACUGGUCGAGCCAAAACGUGAUUGCGAUUGCAUUGCAGUCUGCGGUGCAUACAUGGAACAGCGAGACGGGUGAGACCAAUUUCCUGCUGGACUUGGAAGAGGAAAGCGAGCGUGUGGGCGGCCGCGGCAUGGUCAAUUCGCUGCAAUGGGAUGCAAAUGGCACUGUCAUGGCCGUGGGAACCGACCGUGGCUACACACAGAUUUGGGACGUGGUCCGUGGCGUGCGUCUGCGCACGCUGCGUCCCGAUCCGCAUGGCGGCACCGACAACACCGCAAUCAAUACCCUGGCUUGGGCGCCCGACGGGACCCUCAACUGCGGCUACGGAAGCGGCCUGAUUCGCGAGCACGAUGUACGGCAGCGCGACUCGAUUACGCGCAGCCUGGAGCGUGCACACGGUGCGCAAGUGUGUGGUCUUACGUGGCGCGCGGACAGUGCGCUGCUUGCGUCGGGCGGAAAUGACAAUGUCGUCAAAGUUUGGGAUCGGCGCACGAGCGUCGCAAAAAUGCGCAAGGAAAACCACAAUGCGGCGGUGAGGGCGCUUGCUUGGUCGCCGCACCAUAGCAGUAUGCUCGCCACGGGCGGUGGAAGCACAGAUCGCUGUAUCCAUUUCUGGAAUACCACGCAAAACACGCGUGUGCAGACAAUCCAGACCGAUGCACAAAUCACGUCUUUGCAGUGGGCGCCACACUACCGCGAAAUUGUCUCGGCACAUGGCGUAGGCAGCGCCGAAGGAAACGACGGGAUGAUGUGUGUGUGGGCGCACCCUUCUGGCCAAAAGGUCGGCGAAAUUAACGCGCACGAAGGGCGGGUUCUGCACACCUCGCUUUCUCCGGACGGCCAGCUGAUUGCGAGUGUCGGCAGCGACGAGAGUCUCAAGAUUUGGCGUGUAUUUGAGCAGUCCGCAGAGCUUUCCAAGGGCGGCCAGCGUGGAAUUUUGGGCUCCAUGUACAAAGGGAUGUGUGCAGGGAAAGGCCAAAAUGGCUCGUCGCGCGCGCUGCGCUAG